AUGGCGACGGCAAGCAACGGUCCCUCUGGGGACCUCACAUCGCAGAUUCUUCUUGCUUUGUCCAAGAAAGACCCCAUCCUUUCUGCUGAGCACUUCCCUGAGUUCCAGUUCGCCGACCUCAAGGCGGCCCUCGACCGACUUGCCAGCCGUUCCAUGGUCACGUAUGAGUCAAUUGAGCGGGAAGAGGCCAUUCUGGAGGCCGAGGGGCAGCAGAUUGCAGAGCACGGCAGUCACGAAGCUCGCGUCUUCGAGGCGGUGCGCAAGGCUUUGGAGGGGUUGACGGUCCAGGAGCUUGAGGCCGCUAUUGGCGACAAGAAUGUCACCAAGCUUGGCCAAGGCAAGGCUUUCAAGAAUAAAUGGGUAAAGAAGGAUACUACUGGAAAGUUUGUUGCGGCCACCGAAUCGAUCCAAGACGAGACCCAAGACCAGCUCCAGCAGAUCCAGGAGAAGCGCACACACGAGCCCAAGGUUAUCAGUGAACUAAAGAAGCGCAAGCUGGUCAAGACCCAGAAGAUCAUCACUUUCAAGAUCCAGAAGGGGCCUGAGUUCGCGCUCGAAAUCAAGAAGGAGGAGACAGACCUGACGGCCGACAUGAUCGCAUCUGGCUCUUGGAAGACAGCCAACUUCAAGCCCUACAACUUCAAGGCUCUUGGUGCCGACCAAAACGCAGGCGCUCUUCACCCUCUGAACAAGGUCCGCCACGAGUUCAGGCAAAUCUUCUUCGAGAUGGGUUUCGAGGAGAUGCCCACCAGCAAGUUCGUCGAGACUGGCUUCUGGAACUUCGAUGCCCUCUUCGUCCCCCAGCAACACCCUGCGAGAGAUUUGCAGGAUACGUUCUAUAUUUCGGAUCCUGCCGUUGCAGACAAGCCUCGCCCUGAGUCAGAAGACGAUAAGAAGGACUACGAGGCGUACUGGGAGAGUGUUAAGCAGGUGCACCAGGAUGGCAAAUAUGGCUCGAUUGGAUACCGCUACCCGUGGGCUGCCGAAGAGGCCCAAAGACUCGUCCUUCGCACACAUACCACUGCCAUUUCCACGGCGGUCCUGCACCAGCUGGCUUCCAAGAAGGGACCCGAUGGCAGACCUCCCCCGGCGCGUUACUUCUCCAUCGACAGAGUGUUCCGUAACGAGAGUGUUGAUGCUACGCACUUGGCGGAGUUCCACCAGGUUGAGGGUGUCAUUGCCGACUACGGCUUGACCCUAGGUGGCCUCAUGGAGUUCAUGGAGAUCUUCUUCAACAAGAUGGGCAUUACGGAUAUCAAGUUCAAGCCUGCUUAUAACCCGUACACCGAGCCCAGUAUGGAGAUUUUCUCCUUCCACAAGGGCUUGAACAAGCUGGUUGAGAUCGGCAACAGUGGCAUGUUCAGACCCGAGAUGUUGGAGGCGAUGGGCCUGCCUAAGGACAUGAGAGUCUACGGAUGGGGACUGUCACUCGAGAGACCGACUAUGAUUAAGUACGGCAUCUCCAACAUUCGUGAGUUGCUGGGACACAAGGUUGAUCUGAACUUCAUCGAGAGGAACCCGGCAGUGAGAUUAGACAAGAACUAG